AUUGUUUUCAUUCAAAGUUGUACUCCUUCUUCUGUAAGGCAUUUAACAAUGGUUCUAACAUUUGCUCGAACGAGUGUGUAUCGAAAUAGUCUGCCAAUCAAACACCUGGCGGCAGUAAAGUUCUUCUGCAGCACAACGCAAGUUUUUCAGGAGGUCAAUUUGUGAUCCAUGCGAUAUCCUUCUCGAUCAUCAACCGCAGGACAAAGCGUGGUGUCGGAGCGCAGGGGGCCUGUGCUUAGUGUGGCCAUCAACCGUCCUGAGGUGCGCAAUGCGGUGAACCAGGAGACAGCGAGGCAUCUGCUGAGGGAGCUGGAGGCCUUUGAGCGUGAGCCGGCCCUAAGUGUGGCUGUUUUGCAUGGCAUAGGAGGACAUUUCUGCGCUGGGUAUGAUCUGAAAGAACUGGCCAAUGGCACGGCCUCGCUCAAAUUGGAGCAAGAUGUCACCAAAGGUCCCGGGCCAAUGGGUCCCUCCCGUUUACAGUUGUCCAAGCCCCUCAUAGCAGCGGUCAGUGGAUUUGCCGUGGCUGGGGGACUGGAACUGGCUCUGCUAGCCGACCUACGAGUGGUGGAGGAAAGUGCCGUCAUGGGGGUCUUUUGCCGCAGGUUUGGAGUUCCACUCAUUGAUGGCGGCACCGUGAGACUCCCGCGGCUCAUCGGUCUGUCCAGAGCUCUGGACCUGAUUCUGACCGGGCGGCCCGUCGGAGCACAGGAAGCUCUCGCGUAUGGACUGGCCAACAGGGUUGUCCCGGACGGCCAAGGAUUGCAGGCGGCCCUGCAGUUAGCCAAGCAGAUCAGCUCCUUCCCGCAAGAGUGCACGAGGGCCGAUCGCUCCUCGGCCAUCUACAGCUGCUACGACGCGGCCUCCGUCACACAGGCGAUGCAGUAUGAGAUUGAUCACGGAGCACCAGUCAUCUUGUCAGAAGCGGUUGCUGGGGCAACGCAAUUUACUACUGGAACUGGGAGAGGAGGAAACUUUUCUUAAGGUGCCCAAGAUAUUGCUUUUCUCACAGAGUUUCAUGACUUGCCAAAUAAGCUAGAUGAGAGAUUCAAAGAAGUAAAAAAGGUUAAGGACCGAUAAAAGUAGUUUUCAUACAAAUAAAUGUAUCCUGAAUGUUGGUUUAUGACUUGAAAUAUAUCUUUUCAAAGCAC